CUCCCAUUCAUUCCAGCCGGGAGGACAAGGAAAACAAAACUCUAAAAAUAACUGUCAGCAUCUUAAAAAGAGAAAAGCUUCGCUGCCACCACCACCACCCCCCCUUCUUCUACUCCCGCCCUCUCUCCGCGCCACGGGGCACAUGUCUGCUUCUUACAACACCGCGAGGCACAUGGUCCCAGUUAGACACCUAACCCCAUCGAGACCCGAGAGGAAAUCCACCUCUGUGGGACGCUCCGCACAGAACCGCCACCUCCAGCGAGGGAGGCCGGGGACUGCAGCAGCGACAUGAAAAAGGGCUAGAGCGAGGGGACGCGGCUCAUGCGACGGCCGGGAGCGCCUGCGAGCUGGAUCUGGUGGAGGAUGCUGCGGCAGGUGCUUCGCAGAGGGCUCCAGUCAUUCUGCCACAGGCUGGGCUUAUGCGUGAGCCGGCACCCGGUCUUUUUCCUCACCGUGCCGGCAGUCCUGACCAUCACCUUCGGCCUCAGCGCGCUCAACCGCUUCCAGACCGAGGGCGACCUGGAGCGCCUGGUUGCUCCCAGCCACAGCCUAGCCAAGAUCGAGCGCAGCCUAGCCAGCAGCCUUUUCCCCCUGGACCAGUCCAAAAGCCAGCUCUAUUCGGACUUACACACCCCUGGGAGGUAUGGCAGGGUGAUCCUCCUCUCCCCACCCGGGGACAAUAUUUUGCUCCAGGCUGAGGGGAUUCUGCAGACCCACCGAGCCGUGAUGGAAAUGAAGGUGAACCACAAGGGCUAUAAUUAUACUUUUUCCCAUCUGUGUGUGUUGAGAAAUCAGGAUAAGAAAUGCGUGCUGGAUGAUAUUAUUUCAGUGCUAGAGGAUCUCAGGCAGGCUGCCGUCUCCAAUAAGACAACAGCCAGGGUGCAAGUAAGGUAUCCCAACACUAAAUUAAAGGAUGGGAGGAACAGUUUUAUUGGACACCAGCUGGGCGGGGUAGUGGAAGUACCAAACAGCAAAGACCAGCGGGUCAAGUCAGCCAGAGCCAUUCAAAUCACCUACUACCUCCAGACCUAUGGUUCUGCCACUCAAGACCUCAUAGGGGAGAAGUGGGAGAAUGAGUUCUGUAAGCUUAUGAGGAAACUCCAGGAUGAGCACCAAGACCUCCAACUGUACUCUCUGGCAUCUUUUAGCCUCUGGAGAGACUUUCAUAAGACCAGCAUCCUGACCAGAAGCAAGGUCCUGGUGAGCCUUGUGCUGAUCCUGACCACGGCCACCCUGUCCAGCUCCAUGAAGGACUGCUUGCGCAGUAAGCCCUUCCUGGGCCUCCUGGGGGUGCUCACAGUAUGCAUUUCCAUCGCCACUGCAGCAGGGAUCUUCUUCAUCACUGAUGGGAAGUACAACUCCACCCUGCUGGGAAUCCCUUUCUUCGCCAUGGGUCAUGGAACUAAAGGAGUAUUUGAGCUUCUGUCUGGAUGGCGGAGAACCAAAGAGAAUUUACCCUUCAAAGACAGGGUAGCAGAUGCCUAUUCUGAUGUGAUGGUCACCUACACCAUGACCAGUUCCCUGUACUUCAUCACAUUUGGUAUGGGUGCCAGUCCCUUCACUAACAUAGAAGCAGUGAAGAUCUUCUGUCAGAAUAUGUGUGUCUCUAUUCUAUUGAACUACUUCUACAUUUUCUCUUUCUUUGGCUCUUGCCUGGUCUUUGCUGGACAACUUGAGCAAAAUCGAUACCACAGCAUCUUUUGCUGUAAGAUCCCUUCUGCAGAAUACCUGGACCGCAAGCCUGUGUGGUUCCAGACAGUAAUGAGUGAUGGGCACCAACAGACAUCCCAUCAUGAGACAAACCCCUACCAGCACCAUUUCAUUCAGCACUUCCUUCGAGAACAUUACAAUGAGUGGAUUACCAAUAUCUAUGUGAAGCCAUUUGUGGUCAUCCUGUAUCUCAUUUACGCCUCUUUCUCCUUCAUGGGGUGCUUGCAGAUCAGUGAUGGAGCCAGCAUCAUCAACCUCCUAGCCAGUGACUCCCCAAGUGUUUCCUAUGCCAUGGUUCAGCAAAAAUAUUUCAGCAACUAUAGUCCUGUAAUAGGAUUCUACGUCUAUGAACCCCUGGAAUACUGGAACAGUAGUGUCCAAGAGGAUCUCCAGAGGCUCUGUAGUGGCUUCACUGCAGUGUCCUGGGUAGAACAGUAUUAUCAGUUUCUGAAAACAAGCAACAUCAGUGCCAAUAACAAGACCGACUUCAUCAGUGUCCUGCAGAGCUCAUUUUUAAAAAAGCCAGAAUUCCAACACUUUCGGAAUGAUAUCAUUUUCUCCAGAGCUGGGGAUGAAAACAACAUCAUCGCUUCUCGCUUAUAUCUGGUGGCCAGGACUAGCAGGGACAAACAGAAGGAAGUCAUAGAAGUUCUGGAUAAGUUAAGGCCCCUGUCUCUCUCGAAGAGUAUCCGGUUCAUCGUGUUUAACCCUUCCUUUGUUUUCACAGACCAUUACAGUUUGUCAGUCACCGUGCCUGUUCUGAUCGCAGGCUUUGGGGUUCUCCUGGUGUUAAUCCUGACUUUCUUCCUAGUGAUCCAUCCUCUGGGAAACUUCUGGCUAAUUCUUAGUGUCACCUCAAUUGAGCUGGGUGUUCUGGGCUUAAUGACGUUGUGGAAUGUCGACAUGGAUUGCAUUUCUAUCUUGUGCCUUAUCUACACUUUAAAUUUUGCCAUUGACCACUGUGCACCACUGCUUUACACAUUUGUAUUAGCAACUGAGCACACCAGAACACAAUGUAUAAAAAGCUCCCUGCAAGAGCAUGGGACAGCCAUUUUGCAAAACAUUACUUCUUUUCUUAUUGGGUUGGUCCCCCUCCUCUUUGUGCCUUCAAACCUGACCUUCACACUGUUCAAAUGCUUGCUGCUGACCGGGGGUUGCACGCUUCUGCACUGUUUUGUUAUCUUACCUGUGUUCCUAACCUUUUUUCCUCCUUCCAAAAAACACCACAAGAAAAAGAAACGGGCCAAACGAAAGGAGAGAGAGGAAAUUGAAUGCAUAGAAAUCCAAGAGAACCCUGAUCACGUCACCACAGUCUGAGGGUGGAGACUUUUUCUUUCCCAGUGUUGCACAACGAUGCAGGGCUAGUAAGGCUCAGACCUCAGCUGCUUGGGCUGGCCAGGGGUAACAAGGCAAGUCAGAUCAAGAGUGCAUUAUUCAUGACAUAUCCGAGGGUCUGCUUCUUUGCGUGGAAGAGAUAACAAAAGGAGGUGAAGUUCUUUACGACCUUGUGCUCCAUGAGAGAUCAUUUUCCAGACAUUGAUCUUAGAGCUUUUCUGAGAAAUGGAUGGAUUGUUGUGUUAAGAUGGAAGGCUAAAAGAUCUAAAGAUUCUUAGAAGAAAUGGAGAAGAGAGAAUAGGUGGUCUCCAGAUAGGGGGAAAGACAGAAGAAAUGUCUAAUUUGUCAUGUCACUUCAUGUUUGCUUUUGAACAGGUCAAUCAAAGGAAACCCAUGACAUGGGAAGUUUAUAUUUAAUCCUGUCUUAACCAAAGGACCGGACUGCCUGAUCCACUUUGUGUGUACAUAUAAGUAUACGUAUGCUUGUCUUUAGUGUGCAUUGGUGUUUGGGUGAAAGAUGUCCAUUUGCAGAUAGGCUGGCCUUUCUCUAAAAGUCCAAUCAAACUUUAGCCAAAUAUAUAACCUCACUAGGGAUGUUACAAAAUAUGUAAUUGGCCACUUGAAAUCAACUCAACUGUCUAAGAUAGCAAGAGUGUUCUCAACUGUGUGAUAACAAAAUAGAAAUUUGAAUCUAUUAAAUUCUGCAUAUCAUGUUGUUGAUCACUGAGAUCCUACCUUUGGGAUGACUUAACAAAAACCCCAAAAGGUAUUUGAGUUAAUUAGCAUGUGAACAAAUGUUUAAAAUCUAAAGUAGUUGAGAGAGCUUGUCACUAGCUUUUAAUAUUUCUGUGUAUUUGGAAGGCCAGCAAGACUAUUUUUGGAUAUCUCACCCACCUGAAAAAUGAGCACUUUAAGCACAUUGUUUUUGCAUACAUAUGUAAGGGUACACAGUGUAUGUGAAAGAUGGAAAGAAGUAAUGUGUUGUGGCACAUACAGAAGUUAACACAGGAAAAAGAAAAUGUCUGGGAAACUUAGCAAGUAAAAUGAGCCAUCUACCAUUCACCAUCUUGGCAUCAAACAGUCGGUAGUCUAAGAAGAGCUUGCCAACUCUAGAAACUCUAGUGUGCUCCUUGGAAUAAGACUGGGAGCAUUAACCCAGGCCAUGAUCACUAUGAUGGUGGUGGUGGUCACCAUAACCCCUGCAGCAUCAUUUUGUAGCUUCUUGAAAUAUCACUGUCUUCAUUAACUAGAAAGUACGCUCCUAUGGCAAGCACAGCUCUCUACAGGUGCCAUACUAACUGUGAGUAAUUGCGCCUGGACUCCUUACAUUAAUAAAAGAAAAUAUUGAGGUAAAUGUUUUUAUUGAGUUAGUGUUUAAAACUAUGCCCCAGGCACUCAGUCUUCUGAAUGCUUUCAAGGACUAAGGCUGCUAUUCAUGUUGGAGAAAGUUACAAGAAAAUUCCUUUUCCAUGCCAAAUAGGAAGAAACCUAAAGAAAAAUUUAUUUCUGGGUAGAAUAAAACAAAUGCCUAAUGAUUACACAUCCUACUAACAAUCUCUUUUUCCUGAGGAAUGUUUAUAUUUCCCACCAAUUUGGGUUGUAUAAUUCAAAUGCAUUAACAAUACUAUUGGCUUAAAAAGCAAAACACAACUGAACUUAGAAAAUUCCAUUCCUGUUUCAGUUUUAGGAAAUGAUGCUGAUAGAUAAUACUGCUCUUCUAAAUGAUGCAAAUUUUAAAUGGAUGUCAUUUAAAUGAAACUUCAGUUUAUUGAAUGGCAUUUAUUCUAUUCUACUUUAAGGCUGCUGUGUUUCAAUGUCUCCCCUGAUGUGGGUAGAGCAGCUAUAGAAUUAAGGAAGGACCAUAACUUCCCAUAACCACACUUAAUGUUUUCACUGUAUCUGGAAAGUCAUGUCACAGGUAGUGCCAACCUUUCAUCUCAAGAACUUUUGUGCUAGGGAGAACAGAUGCUUGGACAGUUGACCUCUAGGCCACGAUCUCAUAUUUGAGGUUGAAUUUUCUGAGCAGUUUUUGCAGUUCGAGAACAGAAUUCCUCUUUUAAAGUUACUCAUUGUUUAUGAAAAUUUCUAUCACUCACACCUGUUUGUAAAGACAGACACUAAGGAGCAAGAGGAUUCCAUGUUGCUCCAUAUCUGUCCAUAUUCAGUGAAACUCCAUUGUUUUACCAAGUUUUCAUUUAAAGAAAACUUACUUGAGUUUUAUAAUUGCCAUAGACCAUUUCAGAUACAAAAAAUAAACAACAACAACAAUAAAAAGAUUGACAAGCUAAUUGGCAAGCUUUCAAGUUGCCAAAUACAUGGAAGUACCACUACAUAUUCUGCCAAAAGCACCAAUUUUUAUCUCUCCCAAAGUACUUGGAUGGGAAAAGACUUGUUUAUGUAUUAAGUAUUGUCUUCAAGGAUCAGACUUGUAGGACAAACAGGAAUUUCUAACUGUCCAACUGUCUAGAGAUGUAGCAUUUUAGAAGAGAUGUUAUCUUCUCCAGAACAUGUUAUUCUCUCUAAGGAUGUGUAGCAAUAAUUUACUGAAAUGAAACGCCAUGUUCUGGAAGAGUUAAUAGAAUGUCCCAAAUGCCUUGUCUUUGUCUUAGGAAGUAAUGUAAGCCCAGAAGGAUCUCACAAAGCAGCGUGCAAACCUUUGAACCUCACUCUGCAGCAGAUAUUUCCAAGGUUUCCUUCACUUAGUACCAAGUACUAAAACGAUAUCAUGAUUUGCAGGUAACCCUCCAAGCUCCACCUUUUCUGAUUAUUUAUGUGUUCCAUCCUAGUUUUUCAAGUUUUUGCUUGCUUUGUCCAUUGUGAAGUAUUGAUGGUGUUCAAGUUAGGACUUUAUCUACUACUAAACAAAGGGCCAUUCAAAUCCUCGAAGAAAUCAGUGGGGAAUCUUUUAGAAUUGUGAAGUGCGUUAUUUACUGUAAUGUGUUUUCCCCUUGAAAUGGGAGAGUUUUAAAAAACUUGGGAACUCCAUACCUUUUUUUGUUUAAACUGGACUGUGUCCCCAUCAGAAUGUGAAACAGAAAGUACCGUUUAAUGUUCCACUCUCCUCAAUGAGGAACUCACCUAAAUUACCAGCCAAAAUUUGUCUAAAAGUUCCAUGGGCUAACCUACAUCAUGUGGAAGUCUGUUGAAAGAAUAUGUUUUCUGGUGGGUUCUUGCAGUAAUCAUAAACCUCUUUGAAGCCUGUAUAAGAGUACUCUAUGACAGAGCUAUUGUCAAAUAAGUUUGUAUCUCAUAAAUGUCUUUCUUCCAAUUGAUUUCUACUCAUUUCCACAGAAAUAAAUUUACAUGUUUUAUUUUGUAUUGUGAAAGAAAGAAGUGUGAUACCCAUAGCUCCUAUGAUGCUAUAAUAGCCAUUCUUGUAUGUUGAUCUUGAGUGUAAGAGCUAUGUCCAUUCUGUAAUUAUACAUUGCACUUUACCAUUACAAGCUAACCCUUCUAGACUUGCAAUUUGAGCUGGGGAUUAACUAUUGCCAUUCAGAAUUGUGUGUAUUUUUAUAUGUUGACUGUAAAUAUUGUCAUUACAGUCAAAUAUUUUUAUGACCAAAUAUUUAUAAAUGCAUGGCACAAUGCACGCAUGAUUACUAGUAUGUAGAUGAUUAAAAAUACUAUUUUCAGGGUUAUUACACUUUUUAUUAAAAUUCUCAUAUUCUCUAU